AUGGAGCAAUAUUCUGAUUCUAGUGAUUCCGGUUCUAAUGAUUCGGUUAAAUUAAUUUUGGUUACUGGAGGUGUAAUGAGAAUAAUAUCUUCUAGCCUUGGUGUUCUUCUUCAAGCUAAAGGUUAUCGUGUUUCGGCCAUUAAAAUAGAUCCAUACAUUAAUGUUGAUGCUGGAACAUUUUCACCAUUUGAACACGGCGAAGUUUUUGUUCUUGAUGAUGGUGGCGAAGUUGAUUUAGAUCUGGGAAAUUAUGAAAGAUUUUUGAAACUUCGUUUAAGUCGGGACAAUAAUAUUACUACCGGCAAAAUUUAUCAACAAGUUAUUGAAAGAGAAAGGCGUGGAGAUUACCUUGGAAGGACUGUUAAAACAGUACCACACAUUACUGAAGCAAUAAUUGAAUGGGUUGAACGCGUAUCGAAAAUUCCUUUGGAUGGUACUAAUAAAAUUCCACAUGUUUGUAUUAUUGAGUUAGGCGGCACUGUGGGAGAUAUAGAAGGAAUGCCUUAUACAAAUGCAUUUAGCCAAGCUUUUAGAAGAAAAACUGAGAGAAAUCGUUUUAUGACUGUUCAUGUAACGAAACUUUUGCAUGAGGAUACCGGCGAAGUGAAGACUAAACCUGCUCAAAAUGGCCUUAAAAGUUUAAGGGAAACAGGUCUUAUACCUGACUUACUUAUUUGUCGUUCAAAAAAGCCACUAAACGAUGCGUUACGAGCAAAAAUAUCAGCAUUUUCACAGUUAGAAUCUGACGAAAUUAUCGAUGUUUUUGAUUGUUCAAAUAUUUACCAAGUCCCAAUAUUGCUUUAUAAACAAAGAGUACUCAAUCGACUAUGUGAACAUUUUCAACUUCCAGAAUUGUUGUCUGAAAUCAAAACAGAAUUAAAUAUUUCUAGAUGGCGUCAAUUAAGUGAAUAUGUUGAAAAACCAAGAGAAGAAAUAAAAAUAGCUUUUGUAGCUAAAUAUAUAAAUUCUGAUAGUGAUGAUGUUUUUUAUGAUGCUUAUGCUUCUGUUAUUAAAGCAUUAAAACAUGCAGCAAUUUAUUCUUGUAGAAAACUUAAAAUUAAUUUUAUAAAUGCAGAGAAUCUUGAACCAAUUAAAAAUGGGGCAAUUAAAGAUAACGAAAAGGCUUGGAAUUUGCUAAAAAAUUGCGAUGGUAUUAUCGUUCCUGGUGGAUUUGGCGAUCGAGGAGUUGAGGGUAAAAUAUUAGCUUGCAAAUAUGCCAGAGAAAAUUGUGUUCCAUUUCUUGGAAUUUGUCUUGGUCUUCAAUGUGCUGCUAUUGAAUUUGCAAGAAAUGUUUGUAAAAUUCCUGGUGCAAACUCAACAGAAUUUUGUCGUGAAUUAACAACAGAACAAAAAGUUGUUAUUAACAUGCCUGAACAUGCUGGUGAAAAAUAUGGAAUGGGUGCUACAAUGAGAUUGGGAAGUCGAACAACUGUGUUUUUAACUAAAAAUUCACUCCUAAAUAAACUAUACAAUAAUGAACCUUCUGUUGAUGAAAGACAUCGCCAUAGAUACGAGAUUAAUCCUUCAAUUGUUCCAAAGUUAUGUCGUGCAGGCCUUGUUUUUGUAGGAAUGGGUGUGGAUGAAACUUGGGAUUCUAAAAGAAAUGUUCGUACAAAAUCAGCCUCUUCUUUACUUAAUGCAGCAGGAGAUAAUUUGGCUGAAGAUUUUAAUCAAUUAAUUGAUAAAAUUGAUGAAUUAUGUAAAAGAGGUGGUGAUGGUACUAAUUCAACUGCUAUUAGAAUGGAAAUGGCAGAAAUAUCAAGAGAAGAUCAUCCAUUUUUUGUUGGUGUACAAUAUCAUCCAGAAUUUCUUUCUUCUCCACAUAAGCCAAGUCCUCCAUUUUUGGGCUUUCUAUUGGCAGCUAGUAAACAAUUGGAUGAUUAUAUUAAAAAAAUACGAACACCAAGUCCACUUGAAAGGCUUGGAUUUUUUUGUUAUGAUGAUGGUGAUGCCAAAGAUAAUUGAAAAAAUUUCAGGUAUUUCUCUUAAUUGUUGUUAUAUUGUUAUUUUUACA